AUUACGGUAGGUCAGUUGCUCAAAGCUAAACAACCAGUCUUUUACAUGUGGUGUAAUACGUUUUUCGGUUUUUUGGUUGUGUUUGUGCGUUAAUAACGUGUCAAAUAGCUGCAGCGGGUGUAAUUUGUGCCACUAGAGACUUUAAUUUAAUUUAGAAGUGACUUUUUGUGAAAAUACGAACUUUAUAAAAGAAUACAGGGAACCACGUUGUCGGUGAGAAAUGGCAGAAAAGCACAUUGUUAAGUUUCACUUUAUUGCGAAAUUUUUUGGGGACGGUAAUCGCUUUUUAGUUCGGGGAGAAAAUGCUUUUACCAGCGGUCACGUCACCAAAUUUAGGUUUGAUGGCACAGUACAACCGAUGAGAAUUUCUGCAGAAGUUCUACCGAGCAUGAAAAAGCUAAAUUAUACUGUGGAGAUUUCAUAUGACCUAGAAGAAGGGGUUAAGACGGCACAUUGUACCUGCCCAAGGGGCAACGUGGCUUGCCAUCAUAUGGCUGCAGCAUUAUAUUAUGCUCAUUAUAAUGUAAGUGCUACUGACAUUGAGUGUCAGUGGAGUGCCCCAUCAAAAACAACACCACAAACAGAAGUCAUUAAGUUAGCUGAUGUUUACAAGCCGAAAUUAUCAAACUAUACGGCACUGUCUAGGUCCUCUACUGAGGACGAAAUUAUUCAGUUCCGUGCCGAAAUAGGCGUCACGAAUGUGGUGGGCUUCACUUGGCUCCUAAGACCAGAAGCAAGUGAAGAAGCCAGAAAAAUUAUUGCAGAUAUCGAAGAAAUUCUACAAAGCUUAGAAUACGUGCAGGCCAUAGACAAACAAAAGUUUCUUUUGGAGAAGUGCAGAAUAGAUGAGGCACGCAUUAAACUGGUUGAGGCGUGCACUCGGGGCCAACAUGUUAACGAAAAUUGGCAUGUAGCAAGGAAACAUCGUUUAACGGCCAGCAGGUUUGGCAUGGUACUAUCUGCUUGCAGUAGACGAAGAUUCCCACCCUCUUUAUUUAAAAAUUUGGCGGAAGGCUAUUCGCUUGACAGGGUUGCUGCUGUGCAGUGGGGUAAGACCCACGAGAAGACAGCGCUCAGAGAAUUUGAAGAAGCGACGAAUCUUAAAGUCCAAGAGACGGGAUUUUGGUUGGAAGAAUCAGGCUUUUUGGGAGCAAGUCCUGAUGGAUUAGUGGAAGAAGAUGGGAUUCUCGAAAUUAAAUGCCCAUAUAAAUAUAGGGACACUGACAGUUUGUCUGAAGCCCUGAAGGAUAAAAAAUAUUUUUAUUGGAGGGAUGAAAAUGAGGACAUUAAUCUUAACAGCAAUCACAAUUAUUACCACCAAGUACAGGGGCAAAUGCACAUCACUGGUCGAAGUAUCUGCUACUUUGUCGUGUGGACACCAAAGUGCACAGAGAUAUUUCAAAUUGAAAAAGAUCCGGGGUGGUCAGAAAAUAUCAAUAUUUUAAAAGAAUUUUAUCUUGACCAAUAUAUUUCCUUUAUUUCACAAUAAUAAACUGUAUAUAAAUA